CGCCAAGUUAACAGUGGCACUUCUGAGCAGGAACACUCGUCUCUUGACAAGAGCCGUCCACGUCGCGAAACAUCGAAAAACUAACCCUUCCUCGUAUCUCCGCCCAAUCAAGCACAUUCGAGGCACUCUGUCUCAAAAAGCGAAGCAUACGUGAACCCGAAGGCUCGUGGAGAACCGCCAACAUGAUCAAACUCGUCGCAUUUGACCUUGAUGGCACCUUGGCCAUCAGCAAACAAGCAAUUCAACAAAACGUGGCCGAAGCCCUCACUUCGCUCCUACAAGUCGCCCACGUCGCCGUCAUCUCCGGCGGCGACUGGCCUCAAUUCUCCAAACAAAUCGCAUCCCGACUUCCACCAACCGCCGACCUCUCCAAGCUCUGGCUCAUGCCCACAAGCGGCACCAAACUUUACAGAUUUGACGCUCCUACCAAUACCUGGCAAACCGUUUAUGCCGACCUCUUCACUUCCGAAACUAAGGCUUCAAUUCUCCAAGCUUUUGAUGCCUCACUUGAGGCUACAGGGUUUAAGCCCUCUCAGACCUGGGGCGAGAGGAUCGAAGAUCGCGGAAGUCAAAUUACGUUCUCUGCUCUGGGCCAAGAGGCUCCAAUUUCUGAGAAACAGACCUGGGACCCGGACUUCGCGAAGCGCAAAGUCAUCCAAGCCGAUCUAAAGAAGCGGUUGCCGGAUCUCUCCAUCAACAUGGGUGGAACCACGUCAAUCGAUGUAACGAAGCAGGGAGUUGACAAGGCUUAUGGUUUGCGGAAGCUCAGUGAGGAGAGUGGAAUCCACUUGGAGGAGAUGAUGUUCAUAGGAGAUGCGAUAUUUCCUGGUGGAAAUGAUUAUCCUGCUAAGCAGCUGGGCUUGAGGACUGUGCACGUGGAGGAUCCGGAUGGGACCUUGGCCGCAAUCGCAGCGAUUGUGGCGUGUUUGUCGUAGAGCCUUGGCAAAUAUGCUAUGGGUUUCCUGGCUUCACUCCUGUAGGUGACCGCAAUACCGCAUCACCUCCUGUGUCUCCGUGUAUGGGACGACUUCCGUGGCAUCGACUUUGGCCUUCCUAGUUAAUGCCUCGCAGAGACUCACCC